AUAUGAGACGUAAUAAAAAAGAUGACAUGGAGUGUCCGCCUUUGCUUCAAUCAAAAUGGCGGCCGAGCCGAAGGUUGUUUGUAUUUUCAGUGGAAAACGAAAAUCUGGUAAAGAUUUCGUAGUAGGAAAACUCGCAAAUCUAAUUGGAGUGGAAUUUUGUGAAGUACUACGACUUUCUGGGCCUUUAAAACAAGAAUAUGCUCGCAUCCAUGCAUUAGAUUUCAAUAAACUUCUGGAUUCUUCAUCAUACAAGGAAAAAUUCAGAAAAGACAUGAUUCAGUGGGGAGAAGAAAAACGCAACCAGGAUCCAUCUUACUUUUGUAAUCUUGCUGCUAAGAUGGCAUAUCAUGAAAAUACCAUAUCUACAGAGAGUUCACAACAACUCAUUACCAAACUAGUUUGGCUAGUAUCAGAUGCUAGAAGAGUAAGCGAUGUGCAGUAUUUUAGAUCACAUUAUCCUAAUGUCCUUCAUGUAAGAGUACAAGCAUCAGAACAAGUGCGGAAGUCCCGAGGAUGGGUGUUCACUGCUGGAGUUGAUGAUGCUGAAUCAGAAUGUGGACUUGAUAAUGAAGUAUAUGAAGUUGUAAUAAAGAAUGAUGAUGAUGAUGAUGACCAGGAGAGGGAGAUCUCUUUCCUUGUGAUAUCGCUCUACGAUAACCUGAUAAACGACAAGAAGACCUGAAAUGAGUGUCUUGCUCGAGUUAGCAGAAAACGAGUGUUUCCUUUGUUUACAUGCGAUAUAAACGGGUAAACUGCCUUAUCGUAGACAGAUACUACAGAGUACAGUACUUACGGGAACUUUCGAAGGGAACUUCGCUCUUAUUCCGGCAACUUCAUCCCUUCUACUCACUAGGACAUAAAUUGUAACGACAAGUUACAUUUAGGAGAUAUUUAAAAGGACGAAACACAAGCAUCAACGUUGCGUUUGAGUUGCCUUUUACGAGAAAUGUGUAUCGAGCGAAAAACAAGACUAGUAGUAACUUACC